UUCAGCUCAUAAAAGUCCCUCACUAACUUAAAUAUCUAGCUAGGGCUCCCUCUUAUUUGCCCCAUUUCAACAUCAUGCUCUCAAAUUCAUUUUAAAAUUUGCAGAUUUUGUAUAUAUAUAUAUAUUCACAGGACGAUGGGCUGUUUCUUCGGUUGUUUUCGUGUUCAAGACGAUAACCGUCGGCCUUCAGUUCAUCUCCUAUCUCAGCCGAUCUCUUCAAAUCCCAAGGUUCCCAUUGAAACUGUAUCUCGGAAUCGGUUAUCCUCUUUGCUACUUUCCGAAGCUGAAGAUAGAGAUCAAGUGCCACAAAAAGAUACAAAAAGCGGCGUUUUAGGAUCUGCUGCUCAUGAUAUCGAUUUUAGCGAGCUGAAAGCUGAGGCAAAAUUUCUCAAAGCUUGUGGCACUUUACCACAAACUCCAGCUGAAAUUCGGAACAAUGAGAAACCAACAGAUUCAGGAUCUCGCAAUGGAAAUACGGAAUAUCCAGCAUAUCAUUCUUGGCUUCAAACUGCUAGUAUUGAAAAGCUCAAACUAGAAAAGCAAACAGAUCAGCUCCCUUCUCCGGCUAAACUCUUUGAGGAAUGGGAGAAUGGAUCAGAUUCUUCAUCACUUUCACCGGACAGUUGUGUAACUGGGCAAAAUUCAGAGGGACUCUAUCCCAGUGCAACUGAAGGCCACAGGGUUAGACAUGAUGUAGAAAUCAAUAACAAACAUGCUGAUCUGGGGCAAAAUCCUACUGCAGCAUUUACUCCUCUGAUUCCAGAGACACAGUGCAGGAAAAAAUCUGUUCAUUUUGAUUGUGACAAUGAUGCAGUGUCAAUUUCAUGUAAUAGUGCUUCAUCUGCAGUUACAUGCCAAGAACCGAAACCAUCUGAAUUACUAGGUGAUUACAGUGCUUCAAAACCUUCACCUUGCCCUACCCUUCCAACAUUAACCAAUGAUAUGCAAACACCUGGCACUGCCUAUCCUGCAUAUUUGCAUAACAAGGAAAUCGGAAAGAAUACAAGGAUCAGAUCUCAGUAUGUGUACUCAGUGCUAAACCCUGUGGAAAACGCCACCCAGUUUAAGGAAAUGAUUAAAGAAAGUUUUACUUCUGAUGACUAUUCUGUUCACUUGGAAGAACAACCUGAGAGAGGUGCAAUGCCAACUGGCAAAGAGUUGAAUGUGGAUACAAGUUUGUCAUCAUGGCUACCACCAAAGCAGUUUAAUCAAGGUAGCAACAACCGUCCAUUUAUUGCCAAAACUCCUGGGGAAAGGCCUAUACUGGGGAUGGUUGCAGCUCAUUGGAAUACUGAUGAAGCUGUUACUUCCCCACCCAAGUGGUGGGAUGGCAAUGGAAUUCCUAAUUCAACUAAUAAGUACAAAGAGGAUCAAAAAGUUAGCUGGCAUGCUACACCAUUUGAGGAAAGAUUGGAGAAGGCUUUAUCCGAGGAUAAACUUCUUGCUGAGAGGAAGCAACUCGGAAAGAUGACACUACCACCUAUAGGCUUGGAUGAGAAAGAAGAACGUCAAUCUGUAAGCCAUUUUGAAUCUGGUUUUAUUCUGGUCAACAGUUCUUGACUGCUGAUGGUACUUGCGUUUGGAUAUAUAGAAGCAAGUACUUGCUGAAAUUUCAUCAGCUGAAUUUUUUUAUUUCCAAUUAUAUGGUUUGGUGUGGACUGAUUGGCUUUACAACGUUUGUGUUUUAUUAUUUUUAUUUUUUGAAAACCAUCCAUUACUAAACAGUAUAAAGAUGUUAUUGCUUGCAAAUUAUGUAUAUAUAAAUGCAAAAAUGAACCAGCAAACUUUGUGUA